CAAGUUAGUUCAUUGUUUGUAAACCCACGUUUGAUUAACGUUGGCGAAGGUAGUGAGAAUCAAUCUUAAAAUAAUGCUUAAUAUGUUUGACUAAAGUGUUCGCAAAAAACACUUUUUAGGCUCAUGGUUGUUGUGAACGGAGGCUCCAAAAUGGAGGUGACGAAAUGUGCCCAAGUGAAUAAUGUUUCCUCGGCUGCAACAUUGGAACAAGUGCGGUCGCUCUUCAGCUUUCUGGGCAAGAUCGAGGACAUUCGACUUUUUCCAAAAGAGGACUCUGUCCUGCCAGUGACAGCCCGAAUAUGUUUUAUUCUGUUCGAGGAUCCGACCAGCGUCGGGAUGGCCCAGCAUCUCACCAACACUGUCUUCAUCGACAGGCCACUGCAAGUCACACCUUACGCUGAAGGUGCUAUGCCAGAGGAGAGCAAGGCUCUGCAGAUGGUUGCUAGUCUGACAGGUGGUAUCGGGGGAUCCAUGGCAAGUUUGGUGUCCAACCCCCCCUCGACAGGGGCUGGACUCCUACCCACCCCGCCCCAACCUCUUAUGUCCCAGAUCACGCAGCCGCCUGCAGCCCUGGCCGGUGCUGGAGCAGGGGACAGCCUCUCCCUCCUCGGAGACAGUUUCUCUGCCCUAGGAGUCCCUCAGCCACCCCCGCUCAACAACGUGGACCCUUCCAAGGUGGAGGAGAUCAGGAGGACCAUAUACGUUGGCAACUUGGAUUCGGCUACUGUCCUGGCAGACCAGCUGUUGACCUUCUUCCAGCAGGUGGGAGAGGUCAAGUACGUCCGAAUGGCCGGAGAUGAGACCCAACCGACCAGGUUUGCCUUUGUAGAGUUCACGGACCAAGCCUCGGUGGCCAAAGGGCUGACCCACAACGGGGUCAUGUUUGCAGGUCGUCCUAUCAAGAUCAACCAUUCCAACAAUGCUAUAGUGAAGCCUCCUGGCAAGACUCAAGAAAACAUCCAGAGGGAGCUCGCCGUGACCAUGAAGCAAGUCCGAGAUGCUCAGGCUCUCAUCCAAGCAGCCAUAGAUCCAGCAUUACAACCUGAAGUAAAAGACAAACUUAAAGCUGACGUCGCAGCUGAGGUAAAGGAUGAUAAGAAAGACAAGAAACGUAGCCCCUCCCCCUGCCGGCGGAGACGAUCCCGAUCUCGCUCACGGAGACGAUCGCGGUCACGGUCGCCUGGGCGUUCCCGAUCCAGACGGCGCUCACGUUCGUGGUCCCCUCCCCCUCGUCGCAGAUCACGCUCCCCACGGAGAAGGAGAUCGAGGACACCGCCUAGACGAUCACGGACGCCACCUCGGAGACGAAGGUCACGGACAAGGUCACCACCGCCACCACCAAGACGUAGAAGGACAAGGUCAAAGAGCAGAGAAAAGUCAAGGGACAGACGCAAAAGGUCUAGGACUCCUCCCAGGAGCUACAGUUCACGUCGACGAAGCAAGAGUAAGAGCCGUGAACGUAGUCGCACACGAUCACCGCCACACAGACGGCGCAGCCCCAGCAGGUCCCCUCCCCCUCCUCCUCCUCCGCGUCGACGCAGUCGGACCAGAUCUCCACCGCCCAGGUCCAAGCGCCGUAGUCGUACCAGGUCACCCCCACCCCUCAGACGGCGUCACUCUCCUAGCAGGUCGCUCUCCCCUCCACCCAAGAGAAAGUCAAGGUCAGGCUCAAGGUCACCACCAAGAAAGCACAGGAAAGAGAAGAAGAACCGUCGCAGCCGCAGCAAGGAGCGCAGCAGCAGCAGCCGCAAGCACAAGAAGGACAAAGAUAAGGAUAAGGAGAGGGAGAAAGAGAAGGACAAGGAGCGCGACAGGUCCUCCGAGAGGAAGAGCAAGGACGACGAGCCCUCUUCCAAGGGCGGCAAGUCCUCCAAGGUGAAGCGGGAUUACGAUGAGGAAGAGAAGGGGUUCAUCAGUGAUAAGGAGGAGGGGGGCGAGGGGGGCGGCGGUGCAGGAGGGGAAGGCAAGGGGAAAGGGUUCGCAGAUGGAGAAGGGGAUGCAGACAUACAGAAUGUAGACAUGGACGUGGACUCGGAUUAGGAGUACAAUCAAGUUUGAUGGAAAGGUCAAUUCAAGGUCGAUUUCUGAGUCAGUGUUGAUGAUGUAAAGUGAGGAGAUGAAUGGAUGUGGCUUCACAUUUGAAGGUUGAUGUUACUAAGAAUUCUUUAGGCAUGAAGAUAAACCAUUUGUAAUCGGGAGCAUUUUAGGUGAAGCAUAUGUAAAUCUUCGGGUAAAGUCUGUUAGAAGCUUUAAAAAGUACAAAGGGAUGUGGGAGGGGGGGGGGGUCAUAGUGAAAGAUAAUUACUGCAUUUCCACUCACGAUUUGCUCGCUAGUUCUAGAUACUGUGUACUUUAGCUGCGAUGUUGCUGCUUGUAUUUUCAUGCCAUUUAUUUGGCAUGGCAUUUCGAAGGCCCAUUUGACCUGCGCAACUCUAUCAGACCUUGCAUCUUUUUCAGUAAUGAGGGAUACCUUUGCCAAAAUGGUUGAUUAACUUAAUUGAACCUGUCUCAAACAAAACAUUUCUAUAGGACACAAUGUACAAGAGAAGAGAGAACUUAAGCUAGUACUUUUCAUUUUUACUAAGGAAAAGAACAGACAGAGGGAUGAUCAUCCACCAGCUGACAUACAAUACUUUCUCCUUUUUAAAUAUUUAAAAAAAAUAAACAGUUGUAUAAAACCUGCAGUCUUUACGUAAUUAUUCUCUCAUCAUGUAUGUUGGUAGCACUAGGCUUAGAAGUAGAAAUCUUGUUUUAAUUUUGUCAUUUAAGUUUGUUCUUAAAACUGGUGAUAUAGUUUAAGUUAUGCAUUUUUUUUUCAAACAAUAAACUGCUGAAGAAAAGCAACAA